ACUCAGAGACUAUUGGAGAACUCCAGGGAGGUCACCCACACCGUUCAGGAUGAAAACUGUAGUGCUGGCCGUGGCUGUGCUCUUCCUGACCGGAAGCCAGGCUCGGCACUUCUGGCAGCGAGAUGACCCCCAGACCCCAUGGGACAGAGUGAAGGAUUUCGCCACUGUGUAUGUGGAUGCGGUGAAAGACAGCGGCAGAGAAUAUGUGUCUCAGUUUGAAACCUCCGCCCUGGGCAAGCAGCUGAACCUGAAUCUCCUGGAGAACUGGGACACCCUGGGCUCAACCGUUGGUCGCCUGCAGGAACAGCUGGGCCCAGUGACUCAGGAGUUCUGGGAUAACCUGGAAAAGGAGACAGAAUGGCUGAGGCGGGAGAUGAACAAGGACCUGGAGGAGGUGAAGGCGAAGGUGCAGCCCUAUCUGGACCAAUUCCAGACCAAGUGGCAGGAGGAAGUGGCUCUUUACCGCCAGAAGAUGGAGCCUCUGGGCGCCGAGCUGCGCGAUGGUGCGCGCCAGAAGCUGCAGGAGCUGCAGGAGAAGCUAACCCCUCUGGGCGAGGAUCUUCGUGACCGCAUGCGCCACCACGUUGACGCUCUGCGCACAAAGAUGACGCCCUACAGCGACCAAAUGCGCGACCGCCUGGCUGAGCGCCUGGCCCAACUCAAGGACAGCCCCACCCUGGCUGAGUACCACACCAAGGCCGCUGACCAUCUGAAGGCGUUCGGCGAGAAGGCCAAACCCGCUCUGGAGGACCUGCGCCAGGGCCUGAUGCCCGUGUUUGAGAGCUUUAAGACCAGAAUAAUGAGUAUGGUCGAGGAAGCCAGCAAGAAGCUGAAUGCCCAGUGAGGCUCCCAUCUUCAUACCCCACCCCUACAUUGGCUUUCUUAGAAUAAACCUUUCCAAAGUG